UGGUAUUUUAAAGCCACCGCCACACUAAUCGGUUCAACGACAAAGUUGGAAAUAAUUUCCAAUCCUGAUAAAUAUAAAAUAUUUUUGCACUUUUAUAAGCGACGCCAGGUCACCUUUCUUAGCCGCGUCUUCGCCGUUUUUACACCCCAUCUAACCAACGACCCUGCCCAGUGCGUGUGCCUUCGUCACCAGUGAAAACAUUACGUAGGGGCAACGGAAGAAAGCAGGAAAAGAAAAGAUCUAAAAAUAUUUUUAAUCGCCGUGAAAGUAGCCAGCGAAUUUUAGUCGCCAAAUAUCAUUUAAUUGGCGCUGCGAGGACAUAACUAAUUGCGAAAAUGGUCUUGAAAGUCUACGUCAGCGGCAUGUCCGGCAACAAGGAGGUCAAGAAGCGCCAGCAGCGCGUCCUGAUGAUCCUGGACAGCAAGAACAUCAAGUACGACACGGUGGACAUCACUGAGCCCGGCAAGGAGUCCGAGAAGGAGCUGAUGCAGAACAAAUCGACGAGCAGCGGCGGAACGGUCAGCGACCCAGAGCCCCGCCAUCCGCUUCCUCCCCAGCUCUUCAACGACGAGGAGUACUGCGGUGACUACGAUGCCUUCGACAUGGCCAACGAGAUCGACACCCUGGAGGUGUUUCUCAAGCUGGCCCCCGCCGACACCACGGCGGUCAGUACCGCCCAAAUCGAACUGAAGCAGGAGAACGGCGAGGCCAAGAAGGAGGAGGCGGAAGCGGAGGAGAAGAAGCCCGAGGAGGAGAAACCAGAGGGCGGCGAAGGCGACGCCAAGGACGAGGCUGCGGAGAAGGCCGAGAACGAAGACAAGGACGGCGAGGACAAAGAGAAAGCAGAGGGCGAAGGUGAAGAUGCCGACGAAAAUACUGAAGAAAAGACUGAAACCGCAGAGGGCGAAGAGUCCGAGGAUAAGAAAAAGGAGGAAGAAACUACAGGUAAAGGUAAAAGAAUGUCCUUAGACACUAAUCAAAAUUUGUAUCCUGAUGAAGAAACAGAAAAAACUGAAGAGGGGAGUGAAGAAAAAUCUGAGGAUGAUGGUACCAAAGUAAAAACCGAAGGGGAUGAUAAGGAAAAAUCAGAAGAAGAUGAUGCCAAAGUUAAAACCGAAGAUGAUGAGGGAGACGAUACCAAAGAUAAACCCGAGGAUGAUGAUACAGAAAAGUCAGAAGAUGCUGAUACAGAAAAAUCCGAGGAAAAUGGUACCAAAGAUAAAUUGGAAGGUGAUGGAGAAGAGUCCAAAGAUAAGCCCGAAGAAGUUGACACAGAAAAGUCGGAGGAAGAUGAUGCCAAAGUAAAAACCGAAGAAGAUGAAGAAAAGGAUACCAAUGAUACACCCGAAGAAGUUGAUACAGAAAAGUCCGAAAAAGAUGAUGACAAAGUAAAAACCGUAGAUGAUGCGGAAGAUGAUACCAAAGACAAACCCGAGGAAGUUGAUACAGAAAAAUCCCAGGAAGAUGCUGCGGAAGUAAAAACCGUAGCUGAUGAGGGAGAUGAUACCAAAGAUAAAUCCGAAGAUGAUACCAAAGAAAAUACCAAGGAAGUUGACACAGAAAAGUCCGAGGAAGAUGGUACUGAAGAAAAAACCGAAGGUGAUGAUACCAAAGAUAAAUCCGAAGAUGAUACAGAAAAAUCAGGAGAAGAUGAAGUUAAAGUGAAAGACGAAGGUGAUGACAAAGAUGAUACUAAUGAAAAAACCGAAGAAGAAUCGAAAGAACUCACCGAGGAAAAGAAACCUGAAGAAACGGCGGCAGAAAACACGACCGAAAAUGAAGAAAGUAAACCGGCUGAGGAGAAAUCCUCUUCCGAAGAAAGUGAAGAGGAAUAAUUGUGUACUAAAAAAACGACAACCAACACACACUGACAUCUGCACCACAAACACCACUGCACAAACACACUCACUCGCACAUAAAAAUGCACAUUUAGCCAAAUAGUACCAAAAAAGUUUUGUAAAUAGAAACAAGAACCCACUAAUAACGAAUCUGGUGACGGGUAACGAACCGUAGAUUAAGGCUUUAUGUGACUUUAAUUUAUAAUUUUACCCCUUUCAUACAAAAAAUGACACGCUCCUG